GCGGGCGCCGCCGGGAUCCCGGAGGAGCAGGGGCUGUCGGCGGCGGACGAGUCGCUGGAGGAGAAGCUGCGCAGCCUCACCUUCAGGAAGCAGGUGUCCUACAGGAAAGCAAUCUCCAGGUCAGGCCUCCAGCACUUGGCUCCUGUGCAUACCCUCAACAUUCCAGUCACCAAUGGACCUGUGAAGGAACCAAGAGCGGCCUUAGAGUGGACUGAAAAUGCUGUGAAUGGAGAGCAUCUGUGGCUAGAGACAAAUGUUUCUGGGGACCUCUGCUACCUGGGGGAGGAGAGCUGCCAAGUCAAAUUCUCAAAGUCUGCUCUGAGGAGGAAGUGUGCUGCCUGCAAGAUCGUGGUCCACAACGCCUGCAUGGAGCAGCUAGAGAAGAUUAACUUUCGCUGCAAACCAACUUUCCGAGAAGGAGGUUCCAGAUCUCCAAGAGAAAACUUUGUGCGGCACCACUGGGUGCACCGGCGGAGGCAGGAGGGUAAAUGUAAGCAGUGUGGAAAGGGCUUUCAGCAGAAAUUCUCCUUCCAUAGUAAAGAGAUUGUGGCCAUCAGUUGCUCCUGGUGCAAGCUGGCGUUUCAUAACAAAGUCACCUGUUUCAUGCUACAUCACAUUGAGGAGCCAUGUUCCCUGGGGGCUCAUGCUGCUGUCAUUGUGCCUCCCACCUGGAUCAUUAAGGUGAAGAAACCUCAGGUGGUCUCCAUACCAGGAGACGAGCCUGAUUGGGCAGGAGACUGGAGCCCCGAAGGGGAAAUGGGCGUCUCCUACCCCUUUUGGGAGGGUUGGCAGAACUCCUUAAAGACUUCAACAAGGCGAAAGAAGAGAACGUCCUUUAAAAGAAAAGCCAGCAAAAGAGGAAAUGAUGAUAACAAAGGCCGGCCUUUUGUGAUAAAACCUAUCUCCUCUCCACUCAUGAAGCCACUGCUGGUUUUUGUCAAUCCAAAAAGUGGAGGGAAUCAGGGCACCAAGGUUCUCCAAAUGUUUAUGUGGUAUUUGAAUCCACGCCAGGUCUUUGAUCUCUCUCAGGAAGGGCCGAGAGAUGCGCUGGAGCUGUACAGAAAAGUGCCGAACCUGCGGAUCCUGGCGUGCGGCGGGGAUGGGACGGUGGGCUGGAUCCUGUCCAUCCUCGAUGAGCUGCAACUCAGCCCCCCACCUCCUGUGGCUGUCCUUCCACUUGGCACUGGGAACGACCUUGCCCGCACCCUCAACUGGGGUGGGGGUUACACGGAUGAGCCAGUGUCUAAAAUCCUGUGCCAUGUAGAAGAUGGAACCAUUGUCCAGCUGGACCGUUGGAAUCUCCAGGUUGAGCGCAACCCUGAUUUGCCCCAGGAUGAGCUGGAGGAUGGGGCACGUAAGCUUCCCCUCAAUGUCUUCAAUAAUUACUUCAGUCUUGGAUUUGAUGCACAUGUUACACUGGAGUUCCAUGAAUCCAGAGAAGCAAAUCCAGAGAAAUUCAACAGCCGAUUUAGAAAUAAAAUGUUUUAUGCCGGGGCAGCCUUUACAGACUUUCUGCAAAGAAGCUCAAGAGAUUUAUCCAAGCAUGUUAAAGUUGUGUGUGAUGGUACAGACCUGACUCCAAAGAUCCAGGAGCUGAAGUUCCAGUGUAUAGUGUUUUUAAACAUACCCAGGUAUUGUGCUGGCACGAUGCCCUGGGGGAACCCUGGUGACCACAGAGACUUUGAGCCCCAGCGUCAUGACGAUGGCUACAUCGAAGUCAUCGGCUUCACCAUGGCCUCACUGGCCGCUCUCCAGGUGGGUGGCCACGGGGAGCGGCUGCACCAGUGCCGGGAGGUGACGCUUCUGACGUACAAGUCCAUUCCCAUGCAAGUGGACGGCGAGCCCUGCCGGCUGGCCCCCUCCCUCAUCCGCAUCUCCCUGAGGAACCAGGCCAACAUGGUGCAGAAGAGCAAGAGGAGAACCUCCAUGCCUUUGCUGAAUGAUAUCCAUAAAGUGCAGUCUGCUGACCUGAGGAGAGUCUCGGCUCCCCCUGAUUCCUUCACUGUUCCUCAUUCCAUCCCAGAUCGCCUGCGGAUCAGAGUGAACAGGAUUAAUUUGCAAGAGUACGAGGGGCUACAUUACGACAAGGAAAAGCUCCGGGAAGCUUCCAUUCCCCUAGGGAUCAUAGUUGUACGAGGAGAUUGUGACUUGGAGACUUGUCGUAUGUACAUUGACCGUCUGCAAGAGGACCUACAGUCAGUAACCUCUACUACACAGAGAGUUCAUUACCAGGACCAGGAAAGCUCUUUCCCCAGAGUACUUUCUGUUCAGAGGCUCUCUCCUAGAUGGUGCUUCCUAGAUGCAACUUCUGCUGAUCGUUUUUACCGCAUUGACAGAUCUCAGGAACAUUUGCACUUUGUGACGGAAAUUUCGCAGGACGAGAUUUUUAUCCUGGACCCAGAGAUGGUAAUGUCUCAGCAGGUGGGGACGCCACCAGGAAUGCCUGACCUGGUAGUGGAGCAGGCGACUGGAAUAUCGGAGCGGUGGAACCCCACGGUUCGGAAGAGGAUGCUGAGCGACAGCGGCCUUGGAAAGAUUUCUCCCCACUACGAGGUACCUGACAAACAAAAGGACGCCAGCCAGACACAUAUGCUGCAGUCACCGGUUUCUUCAGAAGAUCAAGCACUUUUACAGGCAGUCAUAUCUGGUGAUCUACUGAAGUUCAUAGAAUGUUGUAAAAAAGGAGCCAAUUUGUUAAUCCAAGGACCUGAUCACUGCUCCUUAUUGCACCACGCUGCCAAGACUGGGAAUGGUGAGAUUGUGAAAUACAUCCUGGAGCAUGGUCCAUCUGAAUUGCUGGACAUGACAGACAGUGAAACGGGGGAGACAGCACUACACAAGGCAGCCUGCCAGCGCCACCGCGCCGUCUGCCAGCUCCUGGUGGAUGCAGGAGCCUCUCUGAGAAAGACAGACUCCAAGGGUAAGACCCCUCGUGACAGGGCUCAGCAAGCUGGUGAUCCAGAUCUGGCCUCCUACCUGGAGAGUCGACAAAACUAUCAAAUGGUUUCCCACGAGGACCUGGAGACAGCAGUCUGACAUCUGAAAAUGUCCCAAAGGAUCCCUGGAAAUCUCGAGACUGCACCUGAGGCACUCGGGCCUCGUGUGAGGAAGAAACUGAUGGAACCCACGUGUCUCUCACUCUUGAGGAAAAUACCUGAGGACAUGCCACCAGUUUCUAAGGGCUACUGAGUCUUGCUGGGAACGUUUAUGUUCCACAAGUUAGCCCAUGAUGGAUGAGGUGGGACGCUCAAAGGUCUGUGGAAUCCAUAGGCCAUGAAAAUUUACCUUUAUUGCUUCCAGCAAGUAGCAUGAACUUCUCCCAUGUUCAUCUGUAUAAUUUAUUAAAAAAAAAAAAAGGAAAAAAAGGAAAGAGUAAAGAGGAUGUGGGGGAACAAAAUCCAAAUGAACUGGUACAUUAAGCCACCCAACCAGGCUGUCCUCCAUCCUUGCAGUUUCCUGCAUUGCUUUUAUUCUCCUAUUCCCCUCACUUCUCAUCAGUUUUUAAAUAUUACCUGUUAUCUCUGUGUUGUCUUCACAAAUGGUCAGGCAGUAGCAAAAUGUUUGAGGAGCUCUGGAUGCCCUUAAGAAAUAUCCAGUGUUUUUACCAGCUACAUUCCCUGCCCUGCCAUCCUCUCAGAAGCUGUGUUGUCAGUACUCAGCCCCCUACAGAGUUUUCUUGCUUUUGGAGGGGAUGCUGCUUAUUGCCUUGUUUCCCAGGGUUUGGGCACAGUCAUACUUACAGCAGUGACAAAACCCAAGCUUAUCAUUGCUGGGCAUGCUGGGUUAUGGUAUCCUCACAAGACAGGCAUUUGUAUGGAAAGGAGCUCUAUGGGAUGUACCAUGCUGAAUAGCAGAGCAGAAAAUCACCAGGAAGAUUUCUCAUAUCACUUUUAUGCCUGUAAUGGCUGACCCAGCUCUUCUCAGGUUUCAGGCCUGCCUAGAAGUUGAUAGCUUCUUCAGUUCUUUACUUCUGAAAAGAUGGGUUUUACACUGGGGAGAGAUUUGUGCAAAGCUGAUGGAAUUCUGAUGGACUCAGUGACAGACCCAGUCCCCUUGGCAGCACAGCCAUGGGGAGGAAGGAGACCGGGAACAUCAGCAGCCAGCCUGGGCUCGCUGCUGCCAACAAACACAUGGGCACUGGCCUGGUCACAAUGGGAAUGGGAAAACCUCCUUUGGCUGAACCUGUAAACUAUCUGAUUGUUCAAGGGAGCCAAGGUUUGGGGAGUCUGUCCCUGGAGAAAGACAAGCAGCAGCUCUUUGCCUUGUUACCCACAAUAGGUUUGAAACAUAAAGCUUGUCUGCUGUAAAGGUCAGCUGUGUCUUCUGUAUUCAUCUGUUCUCUGUCUUAUAACCAUAAAAGAAGAGAAAGCAAACAAAUACACAGGCAUAAAUAAAAUGUUUCAUUGUUGGGUUUCCAAUUGCUACAGAUAUCUCAGUUGAUAAUAUAGCAGAGCUUCCACUUCUACUUUGUCAGACCAGUGCCCAUGAAGAUGCUCAUGGCUGACUUUUGGCAUAACUCUUGCAAUACAUUUUUGAAUUUUGCUUUGUUAUUCUAUUUGAAAGAUCCACAACUGUUUGUUUUCACAUCCCUUGCUAGGGGUACCUCUCUGAUAAAUGAUGAUCAUUGGGGUUACAUACAUUUGGAAACCAUGAAAAUAACUCAGGUCAUUAUCCAGAUAAGUUUUUCUUCUUUGGUAGAAGUGGAGGAAAUCAAAUGAAUGCAAUUUUUUUUUUAAGCACGAGUGAUUGUUGUGGUAGGGAGGGGGGGAGCUGAAUAAUAUAUUUUAAUUUUUUUUCCUGUUUUCAGAAGUUCAUUUGAUAUGGGCAAAAUAUUUCUUUAGUAUUUCUUCCUCUGGAAGGAAACUAUAUAUAUUUGUAAUCUAUAGAUCAAUGGCGACAUGAAAUGUAUUUUGUCUUAUUUUCUGUCUUUACCUUUCUCAUUUAAAAAAUAAAAUAUGAAAGCCAAAUUACUUCCCUUGAUAAUUAUCCAGGGGCUUGUGGAAAAAAUAAGUAUGUGUAUAUAUUAGAACAGAAUUUGGCAACUGUUAAAAUAAAAACUCAGAAUAUAGUUUUGUUGUAUGUGAUAUUUCCAUAAGGAAAGGUCCUCACACUAUGGUUUCAUGGUAGGCCUUGCACCAUUUCCAAGCUGUGAGAAAAUGCAUUAAUGUGAUAUUUGAUGAAAACAAGAAUGAUGUUAUCAUCACUUUAAUAUUUAGGUUUGCUUACUGGUCUGAGAAAUGGAGAAAUUUUCAAUAGCACAGGAGCUUGGCUUGUCCUGUGCUGAGGCCAAGCUGAGUAUGGUCACUGAGCCUGGGGAGCUCCCUGAUCCUUCAGUCCCAUGAAGCAGCUUGCUUUCAUCACAGGUAGCCUCCAGAGGCCAGAUGUGUGUUAUGAUAAGGGAGCUGCUUCUGGUCCCUCUGUCCUCAGUUGUCCUCCCCUUGUCAGCUCAUCCCUGUGCCCAGGAGGUGCCUGCAGCUGUGGCUGGCUCUGGAGCAGCUGGUCAGGAUGGGCAGAUUUCCUGAGCAAUUUUGUGCCAUUUGGACUGCUCAGAGCAUGCGAGAGAGCGUGGCUUGCCUUUCUCACUGAAAGCUGGAGUACAAUGAUCAGAGUGAGCUGUCAUGUCUCUGGAGAGCUGCCUGUGCUGUGUGAUAAAACAGCCCCCAGCACUCAAGGUAGGGCAGGAAUGGGCUGGAUGUGGUGCCUUUGAUGUCCAAUGUGUCCUGAAGCACUGAACCCUUGAUGCACUAGGUACUGCUGAUGUUUGGUAUCUGCAGGUAACAGAGCAUCUGUUGUUUGCCACAAUGGCUCAUGUGUGGCAAGGAAUAUCAGAAGUUGGUUCACUGAGGGCAGUUUGGGACCAGGACUGUUCCUUACCCUUUUCAGAUGUGGUGGCAUUACAGAAGCAGCAGGCUCUGCAAUAAAGGUAACACAUUUGUAUUGAAUCUCUGGAGCACUUGGGGUCUAGGUUAGUACAGUACAGCUGUGCCUGCACUGGGCAGGGCCCAAAUUCCAGUGUGCAGCUGGGAGUCCACUUAAAUUACAUGCAAAGCAUUUCAAUUUACUAAAGCAUCUUUGUUCAGUGGCUGUUAAUGUGUGUAUAUUACUAUAUAUAUGUAUAUUUAUAAACAUCAAUAUGCAUGUAUAUAGGUGCACACAUACACAUGCAAGCGCACUUGAAAUUGUGUCAUUUGAAUGAUAAAGCCCCUAGGGAUGCUCAGCUACUGAGAUUGCUGGACUGAGAAAAUGUCAUUUUCCAUUUUAAUUUGUUAUUAAAGGCAACUUUUUUCAGUAGGACUGAGGAGCUCCCGAAUAGUUCCGUUGUACUGGUUUUACCAUCUCAUUUUGGAGCUAAAUGGAGGGAAAGUAUUUAUAAUGUUGAUAAAAUAAACCUAAUUUUGUAAUUUAAUAGCAUCAAUUACUCUUAUUAUUUCAUGUUUCAAUGCUAGAGAUACCUUAUUUGUGUUAUUCAAGGCAUGAUGAUGUCAUACAUUUUUUACUUAUUAUAGCAUAGAAUCUAAGGCAAUGGACAGGGGCACCUUGCACUAGACCAGGCUGCUCAGAGCUCCAUCUAAGCUGACCUUGAACACUUCCAGGGCUGGGUCAACCACAACUUCUCUGGGCAUCCCUCAGUACUGUAAGAUGUGAGGCUGAGUUUUUGCUUGUGUAAAACAGGGGUCCAAGGCAAAUUUUGCCUGUUACAAAACUGGUUUCAGGCUCCAGUGGAUCUUUCACCAUUUCAUGUGGUGUCUGUGUUUUAGCACUUUAAGAUGUCUGUAGGUGUUUUUACUGAAAACCAAGGUGUUUUCACUCUUGUUUUUCUCCAGCAGCUGUAGAAUUGCUCAGUCCCAACUCAUGGUGCUGUAGCCUGGAUUCAGUCUACAUGAGAUGUCCCCUGCUCCAUGAGGACUGUCAUACAGACGGACCAGAGACAAAGAAAAUAGUACAAAAUUAAUGUUUUGUACCCACUGAUCUUCCCAGGUGUACUUGCUGAGCUGGUACGGUUGUGUAAGGAUAGAUGGAGCACAUAGUUUUUUUCUGGUGGUGUUGUGUGGCUGUGGGAAGAUUGUUUCACUGAUAUUUCAUGGCUCUUUGGCUCAUUUCUGUCUUUGCCUUUGCUGUAAAACAUAUGGUAGUGAAAUUUUCUGACACAAAUUCAUCUAGAAGUUGGCUGCUUCCCGUUCAGCCAUCCCAGAUGCCUUCUGUGGGAUUUGCUUAUGUGUUGACCCUUCCAGGAUGACCAAAGCAUGACAUGAUCUGUCUCUGGGGUAUGAAAUGGGAAAGAUACAUUGGUAGCCUCAAGUUUUCUGGGAGUUUAAUAGCACUCAAGAAAUGUAUGGGCAUGCUGGAAAUUUGAAUGCCUUGAAAAACUCCAAGGAAAUUCUGUCCUUGUACACUGUGUACUACAACAAAAAAAGCAGCUCCUUGUGCUGAUCCAUUUGAGGUGUCAUUUUCCUUUCCCCACUUUUUGCUUCUUUUGCACCAAACUAACGUCUAUGGAGAAGUAUUUUAUAAGACUUGUUUUUAAGAUUGCUAAAAGUAAUAUUUUUGACCUCCAUUUUACCUAAUCUUUUCCAUUCAUAAAAUAAUGUUUCCUCUUAUUUUCCUCAGUGAAUCUGAGUCAAAAUUACGGUGGGUUAUUAACUUCCUAAUUAGUCUAAAACAUCAAAUGUAUCUUUGGACAUUUCAGCUGUCCUGGAAACAGCUUAUAUUCCUGUGCCUUUCUGUAUGCAUGUGAAGCUAUAGGGAACAUUAUUAGAGUGCUCCUUGUGGUACUCAUCAUCUCAUUUUCCUUUCUUUGAAGAUAUAGGAAACAGUGUUAGAGUGCUCAUUGUGGUACUCAUCAUCUCAUUUUCUUUUCUUAGCAACUAUUUUUUUUUUAGCAGCCUUAAAUUCCAUGAUCUGCCUGCCAAAAUCUGCUGAUUGCAACAGCAACUCAGUGAUGUGCUGCAAGCUACUCCAGGUGGCCAUGGCAAGUGACCAUGGCUGCUUUUAGUGCAGGUUCUGCCAUGGCUUUGGACUUUUCUGGAGUGAGAUCCCCUGCAGGUACCAGAGCUCAGGAUUUCCCCUCCCUGGCUGUUCCCAGCACUGCUGCCCGUAGUGGUGCCCACAGAGGGUGAUGUUCUACCAUCCCCUGUAAAUGUGCACUGCAGCAACACCCCCUACCUUGGCCAAGGAAUUUCCUGGAGCCAUUUGUGCAAAAGUGGAAAAUUCCCUCCCUGGGGCCCUGAUCACACCAGUAAAUUCAUUACAUUUGACUUCAGUGAUUAGGCGGGCUUGGACCUGAAUAACCUUACUGUAUUCAGCCAUCAGAGUGCAUCUUGUCUCCUGCCUUAUUUAUAAGGUGCCACAUUCCAGUCUCAGCUGCAGUUUCUUGUUUCCCUGACUGAUUUAAAAAAAAA